AUGCCGUCCUUUUUCCACAUUCACAGCGAGCUUGGUGUCAGUCUUCAAUGCGUCAUCCUAUUGCAUCAAAACAUAGUGUCACUCGCCCGAGGAUUGCUCGCUGGUGGAUUCAGUGUAUGCAUCAUCCCUCAUGAGAAACUUGAAGUUAUCGCUGAUAAACAGAUGGGUUUCACCUACGAUGGAUCGACACUCCACUUUUUGGACUUGGGUUGCGUUGUCGAUAUCGGGGAUGAAACUCUUCUCACUGAUGAUGGCCCAGCCUGCUCGAAAAACUCCAUCUGCUACUUCGUGCACAUGGCAGGUGACGCGGCUGCGGCCGGAGAGAUUGAGUAUGGGCGCGACUUCCAAAUCUCGGUAUUUGGACGCCAUGUCGGAAAGGUCGGUCUUGUGUUAUUUGACGAUCUCGUCACGAUUCUUUUAGAUUCGACCCGAAACAUUGAGUCUCAUGUUAAGAGUCGCAACCUGAGCAAACGCCACUCCGAAAUUGGGCCAUCCGCGCUUGUUGCAGUCCUUGAAAAAGAUUCGGAUCAGGUUUGA